AUGUCUUCAAAAAACUUCCUAAUAAAGAACGUGACUAUUCUUAGAUCUGACUCGGCCAAUUCUCAAAAUGGUCCGUUACAAGUAUCUCAAAAUCAUCAAUUAGCAAUAAAUACUGCAACUCAUAUAACAAUAUUUGAACCAAAAUUACCUUCAUUAAAUCAAGGAAUAACUGAUAUUCAAAAUGUUAGGAUUUUAAAUCCAAGAGAUGUAUUUCAAAUAUUUAAUAUAUUAAAUUCAGAAAUAAAGCAACUUUUACCUAUUAAAAACUUUAGUAAUUUACUGUUUGAAAAAUUAGAUGAACCAUUUACUUUCGGUAAUAUCGGUGAUCCUAUUGUUAUACAACAUCAAUGGUCUCCUAAUAGUGUUUCUAAUAGAGAUAAUUAUUUAGGUACUUUAUUCAAUACUGGAGAAUUACUUAUUUUACAAAGGCAAACUACUAAUGUCGAUAAAUAUAUUACUAAAUUUAAUAUAUUUGAUAUAUUAAUUAAAGAUUUUCAAUUACCAAUUGAUAAUGAAGGUAAUUAUGUAGUAUCAACAUUUGAACAGUUUUUAUCUUUAAAGAUUAAAACUUUUGCAUUCUCAGAAAUUGAUUCAACAUUAUGGUUAAGUUUUAUAAGUGCUGAUGGAAGUAUAUUCUUUUAUACUGAACAAGAUAAUGAAUUAAUACUUAAAUCUAAAUUAUCAACAAAUUUAGAUAUCAUUAAACAAUUAUGGUCUUCAUGGACUAUUAAAUCAUCCACUACAUAUGAAAGUCAUUUGGCAGUUGUAAAUUCAGAUAAUAGUAUUACUUAUUUUCAUUUAACAUAUGAUACAUUGGCUGAAGAAUCAAUAAUUUCAAAAUCUAAGAGUAUAUCAACACCAACAAGAUUUAGGAAUUCAUAUAAUGAAUGGGUACAGUAUAAUAAUGAUACUUAUUUAAUAAGUUCAUUUACUGGAUAUAUUCAGAUAACUAAUGUUAAUACUUUUAAAACAGUGAUUCAAAAAUUAGAAAGUCCAGCAACAGUUUCAGGAAUUGUAACUCAUAAUUCAGGAACAACUAAUCUUAAUAUUAUAGUUGCUUAUGAAUCAGGGAUCUUUGAAUCAUUUCAACUUGAUCAAAAAUCUUUAGGGUUAAGUAAAGUUAAUGUAGAUAAAUCAUUAACUCAAUAUGUGGGGAAAAGUUUACAAACAUUUCAAUUACAUAAUGCAGCAGCAGAAGAUACAGGUAAUGAUGAAACCAGUACCAGUACCAGUACUACGGUUAAAAAGGAAGAUAACAAUACAGGAAUUUCGAAUGAUAAUUUCCGACUUUAUCUUGAUCCUAAUAUUGAAGGACAAUUCAUAAUAUAUGGUAUAAAAUCAUUGGGAGGUGAUACUUUAGCAUUAUUAUAUAAAGUAAUACCUAAAAAUGUAUUAUACUAUCAAACUGAAGCACAAGGUGAUAUAGAAGUGGCAUUUAUACAAAUAGACAAUUCCCAAUCAAUUCCAACAAGUUUACAAACUAUUCGAACUCCAUUAAGUUAUUUAGUGGAAUUAUGGCUUAAUAAAUGUUCAGAAAUCCCUCUAUUGAUCAUUCCAAAAACAGGAAUUGAAGCAACUUCAUUAGAAUCUAAACUACAAGCUAUUCAUACAUAUUUAUCGGAUAUUGAAGAUUUUAAAAAUUCAAACUUUAUUAAUUUUAAUCCUGAUUUUCAACUCCAACUUAAUGAUCAGAAUUUUGAUACUGAUUUAUUGUCUAUCCUAAAUACUUCUUACAAUGGGAGUACAGAAAUAUUUCAACUUCAAGUGUUAUUGAAUUUUGAUAGAAUUGUUUUUGAUUCAUUGGCAACACUUAAUGAAGAUGAUGAUGAGCUCAAACAAUAUUUACAAAGGACAGUGGAUGAAUUAUCAUCAAUUGAAGUAUUAUUGUCUAGUCAUUUGAAAAGAAUAAUCCUUAAUUAUAUAGGUGGUCAUUCAAAUAAAUCUGAAUUUAGUGAAUUUGAUAAAUUUCUUCUUAUAAACUAUUACCAUCAAUUUGAUAAUGAUGAUCAUUUUGAAAAAAUUUUAAUUGAUCAUCAUAUAGAAGAAUCUACUAUUUCAAUAAAGACCAAAUUCUUUGAAGAAAGUUUUGAAACUUCAUUGGCAUCUAUUGAAGAAGAAACCACUAGUAAGCUUAUUACUUCUACGAGUGAUCAUAAAUGGUCUAAAUGUCAAUUAACUGGAUUCCCAUUAUUACAAUUAAAUAAUAGAAGUGAUGAAUUAAGACAAUAUAAUUAUAUUAUAAAUGAUGAUUUUACAGAAAAAGAUCAAAUAGUAAAUGAUUUAUUGAAUAGUAUACAAUAUUGUUAUAUAACUGGGAAUAGAACUUUUAAAUUAAGAUAA